AUGCCACCACGAAAACGAACAGCAAAGGCCGCAGACGACGCGGCUGAAGACGCUGCAAAGCCAGGAAAGAGACAGAAAAAGACGGAGAAUACUGACACGACCAACGCGCCAGUCAACGAGACCCCUGUUGCCAGCGCAUCUACAUUCCCAUAUUCAGAUGACAAGACGACGCGUAAUGGUACAUCUCCUGACGCGCGAGCUCACGAGGAGGACGACGAGGACGAGGACGGCGGCAACGCCACGCCAGCUGCCCGUCUAAAGGAGGAACAACGAGCAUCAGACCUUUACCUGGACACUGUCAAUCGUGCAGUCCUCGACUUUGAUUUUGAAAAAGUGUGCUCGGUCUCACUGUCCAAUAUCAACAUCUACGCCUGUCUCGUCUGUGGAAAAUACUUUCAAGGACGAAGCAAACUCACACCAGCAUUUGCACAUUCGAUUCAUGACGAUCAUCACGUUUUCAUCAACCUCGAAACCUUGCAAGUCUACGUCUUACCAGACGGAUACAAAGUCUCAGAUCCGUCACUCGACGACAUCUCCCGUGUCCUCGCACCAAAGUUUACCAAGGAAUCCAUCGCCGCCCUCUCCCACCCACAGACGGCAUUUGACCUCCAAAACGAGCCAUAUGCACCAGGGUACAUUGGCCUUAACAAUAUCAAAGCCAACGACUACGCCAAUGUCAUUAUCCACGCGCUCCUCCAUGUCCCCCUCAUCCGUGACCCUCUACUCGCAUCCAACUACACAAACAAGAGCACACAACUUCUCAUCCGAUUUGCAACGCUUGCGAAAAAGCUGUGGAACUCGCAUCUCUUCAAGGCCCAAGUGAGCCCGCACGAGUUUCUCCAAGAAGUCACGCGCGUAUCCGCCGGAAAGUUUGGUAUCAUGAAACAAGGCGACCCAGUCGAGUUUCUCGGCUGGCUUCUCAACGCGCUCCACAAGGACGCGGGCGGAACCAAGCGUCGAAACUCGAGCAUGAUCUACUCGGCAUUCCAGGGCGAACUCCGGUUGGAUACCCAACAGGUCAUCGUCAAGGACGAACUUUCGGGGCACGUCAACGCUCGUCCCGAGUUUGAUAUUGAUCGCGAAAUCAAAAGUAAUCGAUCACCAUUUCUCUUCUUGGCCAUCGACCUCCCGCCUCCUCCGCUCUUCCAGGAUGCCAUCGAGGCGAAGAAUAUCAUCCCCCAAGUCAGCAUCUAUCAGGUACUUGCCAAAUAUGAUGGGUCGACUGCGCAAGAAUAUGUCGGCCAGCUCAAGAGGUUCAAGUGCCAGCGACUUCCUCCGUAUAUCAUCCUCCACUUUAAGCGGUUUACAAAAAACAACUUUGUAGAAGAAAAGAACCCGACCAUUGUCAAUUUUCCUCUAAAGGGACUCGACUUUCGAGAAUACGUCGACAUUCCACCAGAAGAGAAAAAGUUUCCUACCACGUAUAACCUUCUCGCAAACAUUACGCAUGAGUCGACGGCUGGUACAGCGCGCGACAAGGAAAAUACGGCCUGGAAGAUUACUCUGCGAGGACCUGCCGUUGCAGGAGAUGAAGAGCAGUGGUACAGCAUCCAAGACUUGAUCGUUCAAAAGGUACAAAGGGAGAUGAUCUUCCUCGGUGAGACUGUGCUUCAAGUUUGGGAAAGGGACGACUUGAGUCGUGUACCACAAGUGUCAAAAUCUAGCAUGGAUGUUGAUUCGUAA